CGCCAAAAAUCGCUUGUCCGGCCCGAGCGUGAACGUGUUGACCGCAACCAUCCACAAUACUUUUAUAGAAACGUGACACAAAACUUGGAUGGAUCUCAUGUAAGAGUACAGCCUUCUACCACAGGUACUGACCCAACCGGAGCAGCCGUCCCCAACCGAUCUGCCGGCCUUCGUCGUGGCAAGAGUGUGCUUGGUCGUGAAAUUGAGAAACCUGGGCAUUCGCGAGCCAAGGUAAAAACGAAUGCUCCCAAGCGUAAGAUCAUCCCAGACCUUAAGGAUCCGCUCAAGGAGAAAAAGCGGGAGUGGCCUUCUAAAUGGGUUAUAUAUUACAAUGCUAUCACGUGCUGUUUUCCAGCAGCGCUUCUGAGCAAGUGUGGUAUGCAUACACCGGAGAUUCAGCGAGCAUGGCGCGAAAAGAUUGCGUUGGUAUCUUUGAUUGUGUUAAUGGUUUUGGCUGUUGCAUUUUUGACAUUUGGACUUCAACAAGCACUGUGUCAGGACGAACAGAGCGGCAAGUUUGUUGCUGGAUCGAGAUCCGAAGAUGUGAUUGUCCAUGGCAUGGGCUAUUACUUCACUGCACAGGAUAAUGGAAACGGCGAACCUGUUUUUAUGCACCCGCCACUGAACAGGGAUGUUUCGAGCGAGAGUGUUGAUAUUAUGAAUGCAGAAGGAGUCUACGCAGCUAAAGGCAAGGACGCGUCAUUCUUAUUCCAGGACGCUGCUGGAGGCGCUUGUGAUGGAUUGAUUAGGCGUAACGCUCCUGCAGCUCCGACCGACAGCCAGGCUAACUUCUACUUCCCAUGUAUCAUGCGUAGUAUUAACAGUCCUACUGACUACAACACUACCUAUGAAAGAGGCAUUAAUGCUUGCCAUACUUCUCAACCCGUUCGUGAUUCCUGGAGUUCGCUCAAGAGCAAAUACAAUGCCCCAGCUUACUACACAUGGGAAAACAUCACGAACCCUGAUCGCGCAUUCUUUGCAUAUGAUGGCGAUGUGAUUGAUGCAGAUAUUCUAAACUGGAUCAAGCCUGAAUUCACUGUGGAUGAGAGCAUUAAUGCCCUUCGUAACGGGACCAUUCGCCUUCGCAGGGAUCUCUCGUUUCUCUUUGUUCAAAAAAAGAUGACCCAUGUCGGUGACUGCUUAAAGCAAAUUGCUCGUGUUGGUGCCAUGGAUUCCAAGACGAUUGGCUGUGUGACCUCAGAUGUAAUCACCUACGUUUCGUUGGUCAUCAUUCUUGGUGUUGUAUUCAUCAAGUUCUUCUUGGCUGUGUUCUUCGGCUGGUUCCUGAGCCAUCGCCUAGGUGGUUUUGAAAAUGAGACCUAUCAGGAUCGUAUGAAACGUGCAGAGCAAAUCGAAGCAUGGAGCUCUGAUAUCAACCGACCUGCCUUUGCUGGCGCCAAACGUUCAACCUUCUUUCCUACUACCUCUCGUUUCACUCCUACUACUAGCAAUCCUGGUUCUUCUAACAGUUUAGUAGCACCGUCGCUCGGUACUCCUAGUGCUAGGCCUGUAUCGAUCUUUAAUCGCCCUGGUGCUGCCUUUGGUAAACCAUACACGCCUCCCGGCUCACCAGGCAUCAAUCCCGCAUUUCUCUUUGGAGGCUUGCGCAAUAUCUCCCGGCGCUCUUCAACUUCAUCCUCCACUGCAAUUCAGCAAUCCAACUGCCCUAUGCCUACGACACCAUUUCUCAUCCCUCAGCCCCCUGUAUCCUAUCAGCCUUUUAAUUUCCCCCUGAUUCACACUAUGGCCUUGGUCACUUGUUAUUCAGAGGGCAUUGAUGGACUUCGCACGACUUUGGAUUCGAUUGCCACAACCGAUUACCCUAAUUCACAUAAAUUAAUCGUUGUUAUUUGUGAUGGCAUGAUUAUCGGAGCUGGUAACAACAUGUCAACCCCGGAUAUUUGUCUUUCGAUGAUGCAGGAUGACCUUGUGCCACGUGACGAAGUCGUUGCCCACUCGUACGUUGCUAUUGCGGAUGGUACUAAGCGUCACAACAUGGCCAAAGUCUAUGCCGGGUUCUACAAGUAUGAUGAUGAGACGGUCCCAGAUAAGAAGCUUCAAAAGCGUGUCCCAAUGUGCGUGAUUGUAAAGGUUGGAGGUCCUACGGAACAGAACAUGCCUAAGCCCGGUAACAGAGGAAAGCGUGACUCUCAGAUCAUUCUGAUGGGAUUCUUGCAACACGUUAUGUUUGACGAGCGUAUGACAUCGUUCGAAUACGAAUUCUUCAACACUAUUUGGCGCCUCACAGGAGUUUCUGCAGAUCGAUAUGAGAUUGUGCUCAUGGUGGAUGCUGAUACCAAGGUUUACCCUGAUUCACUAACCCGUAUGAUUGCAGCCAUGGCCCAUGAUCAUGAGAUUAUGGGUCUGUGUGGAGAAACCAAAAUUGCCAACAAGACUGACUCUUGGGUGAGCAUGAUCCAAGUUUUUGAGUACUAUAUCUCACAUCACAUGUCCAAGGCUUUCGAGUCUAUGUUUGGAGGCGUUACUUGUCUGCCAGGAUGCUUUUGCAUGUACCGUAUCAAGGCGCCUAAGGGUGGUAACGGCUACUGGGUUCCAAUCCUGGCCAAUCCUGAUAUUGUCGAACACUACUCCGAAAAUGUUGUUGAUACUCUUCACAAGAAGAAUUUGCUGUUGUUGGGAGAGGAUCGUUAUCUAAGUACGCUCAUGUUGAGGACGUUCCCCAAACGCAAGAUGAUGUUUGUACCUCAAGCAAUCUGCAAAACUGUUGUCCCUGAUACAUUCAAGAUUUUGCUGUCGCAACGUCGUCGUUGGAUCAAUUCAACCAUUCAUAAUCUGUUAGAGUUGGUCCUCGUUCGUGACCUGUGCGGUACUUUCUGUUUCUCGAUGCAGUUUGUUAUUUUCAUGGAGUUGGUUGGAACUGUAGUCUUGCCUGCUGCUAUUUCCUUCACUAUUUAUUUGGUCACUAUCUCAAUCUAUCGCGCCAUCUCACAUGAUGAAUCGAUCCCUGAUACGACUGUUCCUCUGCUCCUGUUGGCAGCCAUUUUGGGAUUGCCUGCAGUUUUGAUUGUGAUGACUUCUCGCAAGAUGGUCUAUGUUGGAUGGAUGUUGGUUUACCUGUGCUCGAUCUUUAUCUGGAACUUUGUCCUGCCUGCUUACGCUUACUGGCACUUUGACGAUUUUAGUUGGGGUCAGACCCGUAUGGUUGCUGGCGAAACAGCUGGAGGCGAUCACAGUGCAAAGGAGGGUCAAUUUGACAGCUCUAGCAUCACAAUGAAGCGAUGGGGUGAAUGGGAGAAAGAACGUCGCCAGAAGGCA